AUGGGUAAAUCGAGCAAAUCCAAGGGAUCGGCUAACAUCGGGAAUGGAGAAAUUACUCCGACGCAAAUUGCUUUCAUCGUCGAUCGUUACCUCUGCGACAAUCGAUUCUCGAAAACCCGAUCCCUUUUUAGAACCGAAGCUUCCUCUCUCCUCUCUAAUUCCCCAGUUCGUGAUGUUCUAAAGAGUUAUCUGACCCUCGAAGAUAUACUGAAAGACUAUGUAUCUCUAAGGGAACAGAAAGUGGCGCUUGAUCAAGAGAGAGUGAUAUUGGAUCAAGAGAAAAUUAGGGUUCAAAAUCUGUUGCAGGGAAUGCAGAAUGUGAUGAACACUUACAACGCCAGCCUCACCGCGCCUCCUCCUCCUCCUCCUCCUCCUCCGGUGCCAGCUCCGACUUCUCAACAGAAAAACUACAGAGACCCUUCUUCAGGCUGCGCUCAGUACAACGCACCAAAUGUUAUGUCAGUGUCAUUGCUGGGUAACAAAAGAGUAGAUUUUGGGAAUUUUUCCACACAGUCUAUAACCGGAAAACGAAAAGGUCCUGAAGUUUCCGUAGAAGCUCCUCCGGUAACUAGAAGAGCUCGGAUUACUACAGCACAAGACGACUCAACAGCAAAUGAGACGAAUAAGAUCCCACAAGCUGAUAAAGCUGCAAACAAUUCCACAUCUCAAACCGUAACAUUGGCCAAGAAAUCAUCAUCAGGUGAUGAGUUGAUGACUGGUCCAGAGUCAAGCGUGGUCAAGUGUUUGUUCAAUAAGGCUGAUUCAUCCCUUCCUACUAGUUCCAUAUGUCUUAGGACACCACAAAAGCAUGCUUCUUCUCCUGGGAGUGAUAAGCACAACAGUCUCCAUAAAGAAGUUACUCCUACAAACUGCACAAUUGUUACAAAGGAGAGAUUCACAAUCAGCCCUCUCAAGCAAAUUACUUCUUAUACAGUGGAAAGGAGCCGCCAUAUAUCUUCUUCGUCAAGUAAGAGAGACCAUGUGAAAGGAAGGCUCAACUUCGAUGACUGUGAUACAGAAACGUGCUUAGAGGCACCUGCCACUGCAGAUAUGGCUUCAACUUCUUCAUCUGGGUCUGACCAGGAAGUUGAUUUAACUGACAUUGAUUUUUCUAUCUUGAGUGAAGACUUCUCAUUCUCAGAACUAUUAGUUGAUCUUGAUCUCGGUUGUGAAGGAAGUACCCCAAAUGCACCUAUGGAAACUGUUUCAAGCCAAGAGUUGCAGGUUGAGUGA